AUGCUGGCCGUCGUCGUAGCGCUGACCGCUGCGUUCACGGAUCAGUCGAGUGUGCCGACUGUUGUGGCUCCAAUCGUGGUGGCCGCUGUCGCGGCUGUGGAGGCGCAACCGCCGCCGCCGCCUCCACCUCUCGAAACUCGCGAGAUCCUGGUGACUGUGCCUGAGGGGGUGACCGCGGGCCAGGCUAUGAUUGUCAACAGUCCGUAUGGCGGGCGGCUACAGGUUGUCGUACCAGCCGGCAUCACUUCGGGUCAGCAGUUGCGCAUCAAAGCCCCUGUCAGCAUAGCAGACUCGCCGCCGCCGCCCGCUGAAGCCGCCGAGCCCAAGAUAGCACCCGCUGGAAUGGACUCCAAUGCAGCAUCGCCGCCACCUCCUCCUGAUUCGGAGGAGAGGUCGACGCCGGAGGAGGACGAGGAGGGAUCUGAGGAUGAAACUACGCCUGCCAAGAAACCUUCGCCGGCGGAGUCUACGCCUACGCCGGAGGAGGACGAGGAGGGAUCUGAGGAUGAAACUACGCCUGCCGACGAGACAUCGACGGUGACCGCAUCGCCUGUCGAGGGAUCGACUGCGACCGCGGACAAGGAUGCUCCGACAGAGCACGCUACAGCAUUGACAUCGUCAAAUGCGACGACCGCAUCGCCUGUCGAGGGGUCGACUGCGACCGCGGACAAAGAUGCUCCGACAGAGCACGCUACAGAAUUGACAUCGUCAAAUGCGACGACCGCAUCGCCUGUCGAGGGGUCGACUGCGACCGCGGAGAAGGAUGCUCCGACAGAGCACGCUACAGCAUUGACAUCGUCAAAUGCGACGACAGCGGAAGCUCCAGAGGCGACAUCUACACUGACUCCAUUCAUCAUCAGAUUGGUUCUCGAGCACUUUGAGGCGCUCGAUGCAGACAAAAGCGGCUCCUUGAGCAAGGCAGAAUUAGAGACGGCGCUUCAAGUAAGAGCCAAUGCGUCAGAGGUGACUGCAGCAGGAGGGCUUGCCGCCGUGUUGGAGGCCGAAGCGGCCGUCCAAGAAGGCACGGCGGGAGCGGCGGGCAAGGCGGAAGGCGCACCAGACUCAGCGCAGCAGCUGCGCAAGGGCCACGGCAAGCACAAAGGUCACGGCAGUCGAGCCAAAAGCGGCCCAGCCAAGAACAGUGACGAUUCGGCCGUAGGCGAGGACGCUAUGACAGAGGCAGGCGCACCAGACUCAGCGCAGCAGCUGCGCAAGGGCCACGGCAAGCACAAAGGUCACGGCAGUCGAGCCAAAAGCGGCCCAGCCAAGAACAGUGACGAUUCGGCCGUAGGCGAGGACGCUAUGACAGAGGCAGGUCAGCCUAACUCAACGCAGCGGACGCACAAAGGCCACGGCGGGCACAAAGGGCUAAUCAAAGGCGAGGACACUACGACGGAGGCGGCCGAGGAACAAGAGGCUAGCGAAGCAGAAGCAACGGCACAGGAGGCGCCCGCGGCCCGAGGUCGCACCACAUAA